AUGCUUGCUCCAUCACCAUCAUUCAUUCCCUCCCCUCACCGUUCCUCCCCCCUCCUCACCCUCCCCCUCACCCUCCCCCUCCCCACUCCCCCACGAAAUUUCCCCCCCCGCUACUCCCCUUUCCUCUUCCCUGCUCCCCCUCCUGCUGCAACUCUGCCUCUUGCCGUUCCUCCCCAUGCCCCUGGUCCUUCUGUCAUAUCUUACUCCCCUCAUUCUUCCCCUUGUCACUCCGUUCACCAUGUCACCACUCAUCUGCUCCUCUCGCUCUCCGUGCCACAUCCGAUUCCCCUGAUGCAUCAGUACCUGUGGCUAGUGCUCUACAGCCAUGAUGUGAAUGGCAGAUUCAGUUCACUGUCCCACCCACCUCAUCCCUCUCUUCCUCCUACCUAUUCCCCUGUGUCUCUCCGAUUCGCAACUCAAAUCCUUCCCGUUUCUUUCUUCUCCCAUCACAAACAACGCCUUCUCUCCCCUGUUCUCCCUCCCUCGCACCACCCCUCAACCCCCCUGCGCCCCAUCGCUUCGGGCGUGUCUAGUACUGGCAUCGUGGCCAUCGUGGGCGCUGUCGCUGCUGUCAUGCUGCUCGCUGCUGUCGUGUGGUGGCGCUGGGGGGGGCAGAAGCAGCAACCUGCGCGCACCAGCAGCUCAUCAAGUCUAUCCCGCUCGGCCAAGAGGCGUGUGAUACCAACGAGAGAGUUCUCCCCAGACGAGCUGUGCCGGGCCACGUGCAACUGGAGUCACCCGAACGUGGCGCGCCUGCUGGGGUACUGCAAGGCACCGCCGCUGGAUGGAUCGCCAGGCGCACGCAUGGAGCAGAUUCUCGUCUACGAGAUGCUACCCAACGGUGGCCUGGACGAGUGGAUUGGAGAAUGUGAGUGCCUUGAUUCGACCCAAGAGAUGACAGUUGGCAUGCCGUGUGCAGGCAUGGAGCAGAUUCUCGUCUACGAGGUGCUGCCCAACGGUGGCCUGGAUGACUGGAUUGGAGAAUGUGAGUGGCGCCAGCUUCUGGUUACCACUGCUUUUCUGCUGUUCGUCAUCAUCCCGUCCUCCCCUUUUUCCCUUCUUCCCACCUUGCCCUUAUCAUGUUCCCCUCCCUCUCCCUUCCCCCUGCCCCCAUUCUCCCCUUCCCCCGUGCCCCCCCUCCUCCCUCCACCCCUUCCCCCUUUCCCCCACCUCCUGCCGCUGCGUCUGUGCUCUGUUUCCACUCCGUCCUCCUCUCCCUUAUGUUUUGACUGUGCCACGCCCCUCACCCUGCUGCAGCGCCUGCACAUCCUGCUAGGAGCAGCCAAGGGCCUGGCAUAUCUGCACAAGUUUGGCAUCGUGCACCGCGACAUCAAGCCCGCCAACAUCCUGCUGGAUAGAAACAUGCAGGCCAAGGUGGCGAAUCUGGGUAUGGUGAGGGUGGGUGAGAGCAGCGUGGUGAGCUUCACGGACCCCUGCUAUGCGCAGACCAUGCAGGCGAGCACUGCGUGCGAUGUCUACAGCUUUGGCGCCGUCAUUCUCGCCACCGUUGCCAGCCAUGCUGCCCUGCUGGAGGAUGAAUUCCAGACUGACACUCUGCAAGCGGUGACCAACUGUCUAUCCAGUGGCGAUGCGGCAAGUUUGAAGGACCCGCGCAUGGAUGCACCAGAUGACAUGUUCGCUCACAUCAUCCAGCUCGCUCUCAGCUGCUGCCUUGCCAAUGCCUCGCUUCGCCCUGCCAUGCCUCUGGUUGUGAAAGAGCUUAAGGACCUGCGAGGGGAGUUGCUGGGCACAGGGAGUGUUAAUGGGAGCAUGAAUUCGGACAUUCAGCAAAGAUUAGACGAUAGAACCGUCCCAAGCGGCGGUGCUGGCGGAGUGUCAGCGGCAGUGGGGCGCAACGUUCCCCGGAUGGACGGCGGGGGGAAAUUGCGCGGACGCAUUUGCCUUGGUGUGCGACUCGGAUGGCAUGAUCGUGAAAAUGAGCCUCUACAGCAACAACCUCACAGGCAGCAUACCCUCGACAUUCAGCCGACUCAAGCUGCUCGUUUACAUAUCAGAGAGCACUCCAAGAGCCAGCAGUCAGGAGGGCUGUUGAGGCGCCUCAAAAGUCCUCUCAUUCACUGCUCUCCCCCGCAUGCGCCUGUCUGUCCGUCCGUCCGUCCGUCCGUCCGUCCGUCUGUCUGCCUGUCUGCCCGCAGGGACCUAUCCAACAACCUGCUGUCAGGGCGCAUUCCAUCGCAGCUGUCCAGUCUUUGGGAUUGGGCCCUGGCUAACUCUCUUCUCUUCUUGCUGCUGUGGUCCCACCCCCUCCCCCCGCUUCUCAUGCUGUGCUCCCACUCUUUCUCUCCCUCCUCCUCCUCCUCCUCCUCCUCCUCCUCCUCCUCCUCCUCCUCCUCCUCCUCCUCCUCCUCCUCCUCCUCCUCCUCCUCCUCCUCCUCCUCCUCCUCCUCCUCCUCCUCCCCCUCCUAUGAUCUCUCAUUGUCGCACUCGCCCAUCCCGGCAUGCAAUGCAACGACCACCAGGGACAUUGGCUACAACAGCCUCACAGGCACCAUCCCGGCAUCCCUCGGCUCCCUCCUCACCCUGCAGUACCUCUUUCUCAACGACAACCAGCUGAUAGAUUCGCUUCCUCUGUCUCUCAGCAGCCUGUCCAAGCUCAGAGUGCUGUAA